AUGGGGGCAAUACCCAAACCACCACCACCUGAUGGUGUGAAAUCCAACCCCUCCAAGCGGCACAGAGACCGGCUGAACAGCGAAUUGGACAAGCUGACCAACCUUCUACCCUUCUCAGAAGAUGUCCGUGCACGGCUGGACAAACUGUCGGUGCUUCGACUCAGUGUUGGAUACCUGAAGGUCAAGAGCUUCUUCAGUGCCACAGUCAAAAAGACAGGAGGAAAUGGAUGGAUAAACGACCGGUCAGGGACAUUUGGAGGAAACGGACAGUCAACAACCAGUCUGGAUGGAGUCAGUUUCUCAGAAGGGGAACUGUUGUUGCAGGCCCUCAAUGGCUUUGUGCUGGUGACCACCGCCGAAGGUUACGUGUUUUAUGCAUCUCCAACUAUACAGGACUACUUGGGCUUCCAUCAGUCGGAUGUGGUCCAUCAGAGUGUAUUCGAGCUCAUCCACACAGACGAUCGGGCAAUGUUUCGAAGGCAACUACACUUCGCUCUCAAUCCCACUUCGUGCGAUGGUAUCGAUGGCUCUGAUGCAAUUCAAAGCAGCAGUGACAUCACCAGAGACAUGAUAAACUACAACCCUCAACACAUCCCUCCAGAAAACUCAUCCUUCUUGGAAAGAAGUUUCUGUUGCCGAUUCCGGUGCCUCCUUGACAACUCAUCAGGCUUCCUGGCCCUGAACUUCCAGGGGAGGCUGAAAUAUCUCCAUGGUCAAAACAAGUUGGCUGAAGAUGGGACCCUGACCCACCCUCAACUGGCUCUUUUUGUCAUAGCCACACCCCUCCAGCCACCCUCUAUCCUGGAGAUCAGGAGCAAGACUCUUCUUUUCCAAACCAAACACAAGCUGGACUUUACACCUCUGGGUGUUGACACAAGGGGAAAGGUGGUUCUUGGCUACACUGAGAUUGAGCUGUGUAUGAGAGGCUCCGGCUAUCAGUUCAUUCAUGCUGCUGACAUGAUGCACUGUGCUGACAACCAUGUCAGAAUGAUAAAGACUGGAGAAAGUGGUUUAACUGUCUUCAGACUUCUCACGAAAGGGGGUACAUGGAUCUGGGUGCAGUCCAAUGCUAGGCUUGUUUAUAAAGGAGGAAGACCAGACUUCAUUAUUGCUCGACAAAGAGCACUAACUAAUGAGGAGGGUGAGGAACACCUCCGUCAAAGGAAGUUGCAGCUACCUUUUAGCUGCCCCACUGGAGAGGGUGUCUUGUAUGAGACCGGCCCCACACUGGACAUCGCUGACAUCCAAAAUCCCAGCAAGGGCCAGAAGAUGCACAAACCUCCAUCUCUGGACCCAGAUUCUCUUCUUGGCUGCAUGCUGAAACAGGAUCAUUCUGUCUACACCAACAACAAUGACCCCAAUUCCCAGUUUACCCUUGACAAGGCUUUCAGGGAUAGCCACGCCCUGCUCAAUGUCCCUGGGAACAACUGGCAGCCGUCAGCCCUGAACACUGUGGCUGGGAUAAAGGAGGAAAGUGUGGUAAAGGACAUGAUGGAAAGCUUGCAACAGAUUAUUGGUGACAACAGUAUUUGUGGCCUUCAGGAUUUUGAUGUGGACGAAUCGGACCUGAAGGAGUGGGAGAAUGCUCUGCUCAGGAUGAACUACAACAACGAAAUGGAACUUAACGAAAUCAUCACCGACGACAUCCUCUCUUAUGUCGAGGAUGCACUUUUUAAGGGAAAUGGUAUUCAAUUGCCUGAACAACUCAAGAGCCAGGGUUCAUUUGUUGAGGUGCCUGAGUGUCUUCCAGAAAUGGAGCUACAGAAUAACUUGGCUGUUAACCAGGAAUUCAACAGCCAGGCAGAUAUACUCGGUAGAUCCCCAGGUGCGGGUGGGUAUAUCGGAAUGAACAUUCAAGAUGAAGUGGAUGCCAGUAGCCCUGGAAGAGGGAUGGUGAAGCUCACCCAUAUGGUGCCACAGAUGCUACCUGGCAACACUUUUGUCCAAUCAUUUGGACUAGAAGAGGCAACCCAGAAGAUGCCUUGCAAUAAUAACAUUAUGUUAAAUCCUUCUCUUGCCAUGCAGCAGCCGACCCAAGUCAGGCUUGGUCUGCAAGGUGCCAUGCAAGAGAACGGAAUGGUGCCAUGUGGCCAGAGAAACCUACAGACCGGAAACCAGCCCCAUCACAACACAAUGACUCUCCCUCUUCAAAGUCCUCUAUUGCAGGGCACUUCCGCCCAGCCAAUGGGCUUCAACGGCCAGAAUUCCCUUCCUCAACAACCGUCAAUCAGUCAGAACCCUCAGUGGGUGUCUGACAGCAACAAUAUGAUGGAUAACCUGCUGAACUCUUGCACCCGUAAUAUUUCAGGUGUACAAGAUGCAGGACUACACUCUGGCCCAACUCCCCAACUACAAGGACAGUUUUCUCUUCACACUCAAAAUGCUGCCAAUCCUGGACUGCCUAGCUGGCAGCAAUCACAGCCUCAACAGGUCUCCAAAUCAUUUUCCAGUGGGCAACAGAAUAUGACGGACUUCAUCGGCCAAGUUACAGGCUUCCAAAGAGACCUGCUUGGAGAACUGAUGUCGCACACAAACGCACAAGGAUUGGGGUCUGGUUUCCUGCCCCAGACAACUGCAAAUAGUAUCUAUCCUCAGCAAGGAGAGAUGAUCAACAACAGCCCUCAUCAGACCACCAACAGCUGCAUGUUCACAGGCACUCCUCAACCGUCAGUGAACGGGAUAAAGUAUGGUUCUGCAGAUCCGAUAUCUUCAGUGUCAUCCUGCCAGAGGGCUAAAGCUCUGGUUACCCAGAGUCCUACACAAGCAUCCUGCUACUACCAAAGAGGUCCUAGCGAGUCAAUCGUGGGAUCGUCGGUCAUCCCACAAGAAGACACCAAUAUCAGCCCCAUGACCUGUCGAGUGCCACUUGGGUUAACUCCAGAGAACAUACUUGCUCAGCAGUAUCUCUCCUGCAACGGCCAGACACAGAUUGCAAACCGUCCACUUAAGGAGAAAGGAACACUCCAUUUUCCGACGCUGGCCAAUGGAACCACCUACUUUACUGAGAACAACCAAAGCAAUUGCUGUGACUAUUAGAUCAUGCUUAAUACAGCGACUGACACAUCAACAGUGCUGUACCUUUUUCUAGGAAAAAGAGAAAAAAAAAAGCAUAGAUACAGCAACUUGUUUGUCCCUCGAGAGACAUGCAUCUGCUUCUAAAGGCACUCUUGGCUGAAAACCUGCAAGACAUUACAGAACUAUAAAAAGCGAUUUUACCACACUUUUUUUUCCACAAUUAUCUACUUAUUCACUUGUUCACACCCUCUCUGAUGAGAAAUAAGCAGUGGCAGAAAGAAAAUAUUUAUUUUUUUAAGUGUGUCCUUUCAUCCCUGAAGGAUAUUGUUUUGUUUUGCCAUUCUGGCACGGAAAAAGAGUGAGAUAGCGAGUGUAAUAGCAAAGAGAGGUGUGUGAGCAAGUGUGUGUUUGUGUGUAUGUGCGUGCGAGGUAGCCUAGAGUUCAUUUAUGAAGUAUGCAGAAGCAACUGUGGAACCUUUUAAUUGCAGGGAUGAGAUUCUGAGGAAAUUCAAGGUGCACACAAGAUGCUAUUUAUUGGGGUAAUUUCGACUCAAAAAGGGAAAGUCUGUCUCAGAGAGGGCAAUGGCCUCAGCCAACCCCUUUUAUUUUGCCAACUGUGCGUGAAAUUGGCAAUCUGUAGACCUUUAACCUUAGUGUUAUCAAUGUACCCCACUUUCUCGAAAUAAAUUAAUACUCUACUGAUGGCCUCAGUGGCACCAUUGAACUGUCAGAGCAAAUCAUUGAAUUUGUUGACUGCAAAAUUUUCCCAGAAUUUCUCUAAAGCUCCACCCACUGCAAGGUGUAAAG